AUGUCUCGGCAGUCGUACCCCAAUGAACCCAUCGCCAUCGUCGGUACCGCCUUCCGCCAUUCCUACAUCCUUUCUGAGGAUCCUCACGCCUUUGAUGCGCAUUUUUUUGGAGUGAAGCCUUUCGAGGCGCGGGCCAUUGAUCCGCAGCAACGAAUCCUUCUCGAGGCGGCGUAUGAGGCCCUGGAAGCCUCCGGCAUGGCCAUGGAGUCGAUUCAAGGCACCGGCAUGGGCGUGUUUGUCGGUUUGAUGAACGAAGACUACGCAGCUUCCACUUCCCGGGACAUCCAGAGCCUGCCGGUCUACUUUGCAUCGGGCACCGCCCGGAGCACCAUUUCGAACCGGCUCUCGUACUUCUUCGACAUCCACGGCCCGUCCAUGACCAUUGACACGGCAUGCUCCUCAAGCCUGGUCGCUCUGCACCAGGCCGUCGUGAGCCUGCGGAGCGGCGAGUCCGCAGGUGCUCUGGUCGCCGGGGCCAAUCUGCUGCUCGGGCCGGAGCCGUACAUCGCGUCCAGCAACCUCAACAUGCUGAGCCCGACCGGCCGGAGCCGCAUGUGGGACAGCAAGGCGGACGGCUAUGCGCGUGGCGACGGGUUUGCGGUCCUGGUGCUCAAGACUCUGAGCCAGGCUCUUGCUGACAAUGACUUGAUCGAAUGCAUCGUGCGAGAGACGGGCGUCAACCAGGACGGGAGGACAAAGGGCAUCACAGUCCCCAGUCCCACGGCACAGUCUGAUCUGAUACGAGCCACCUACGCCAGAGCUGGUCUGGAUCUAUCUAAACCGUCUGAUAGACCUCAGUACUUUGAGGCACAUGGCACUGCCUCCCAGUCAUCCCUUUGUCAGCUUGCUGGCAUGUAUGCUUCGUACCUUCGAGCGCAUCCUGAUGUCAACCUGCGAGAUCUGUCGUGGUCUCUACAUACACGUAGAUCCAUCCUUUCCUCGAAAAUAUGGAUAUCCGCUGCAAAUGUCGACAAGCUGAUUGACAAGCUAGAUGGCGCGGCAGAUGAACAAGGGCUGGCCCAAUUUAUCCAGGAGGCCCUCGAGAUCACACAGGACGAGGGCAAGUUCUCGAGGCUUCUCCGUGUUGACCAGGCAUACCACUCACAUCACAUGCUAAGAUUCGCGGUCCAGUAUGUGGAGGCUAUCCGAAGGUGUAAUGUUCAGGUCAACGAGAUUCCAAGCCUUGACAGCCCGAGAUGGGUAUCUAGUGUAUCUGGAGAGCCCAUCACCGUCCAGGAGAUGGCAAAGUUGAAAGACGCCUACUGGGGCGAUAACAUGGUCAAGCCAGUCCUGUUCUCUGAUGCGGUGAGGUGCGCAGUCGGCAUGUACGGCCCUUUUGAUGCGGUCGUUGAAGUUGGGCCGCAUCCAGCGUUGAAAACUCCUACCUCUGAGACCGUUCAGGAGAUUGCCGGUGUCUCGCCUCCGUAUUUAGGGACUCUGCGUCGCGGCCAUGACGAUUUGGAGGCUUGGUCCGAUGUCCUUGGAUCUUUGUGGGCGGCUUUUGGUCGCCGGUCGUGUGAUUUUGCGAAAUUCGAUGCCCUGGCUCAAGGCGGAGAAUACAAAGGAUCAUGCCCAAAGCCAUUGCGAGGCUUGCCAACUUAUCCUUGGAAUCACCAUCGCAGUCACGUUCACGAGAGUCGAUACUCUAAAGCUUUCAAGGGAAGCGCCGGUCAAGAGCCGCACUUCCUGCUUGGGACACUGUGCCCGGACCAAACCAAGGAUACGUUCCGUUUCAAGAAUCGCCUGCAUCUGAAAAGGAUCCCGUGGCUCGCGCAUCAUCAAAUCGAGGGCGAGGUCGUCUUUCCAGCCACAGGAUACAUAUCGGCAGUCGUCGAAGCUCUAUCAAUCGUUCUGGCUGCGGAGACUGUUUGCCAAAUCGAAAUAUCUGACUUUGUCAUUACGAAAGCCUUGCUAUUACGGCAGAUGGCUGAGGGUGUCGAGACAUGUCUCACGAUCCAGAUAACUCGCAAGUCCUCGGCACACCUUGAUGCCAUGUUCUGGUUCCAUUCUGAGAGUGCCCGGGACUCGGCUGUGCUAGACAAGAAUGCCUCGGGAGACUGGAGAGUCUUCACUUUGGAUCACUCGCAUGACUUUUUACCAGCACCUUGCAAGGGCGGCGACUCGGAACUGCUGCCCUUGGAUGCAAAAUCCCUAUACUCAUGUCUCGAGGACUUGGGUUAUGGCUACAGUGGCCUCUUCCAGGGCCUUCACGAGACAAAAAGACGAAUGAAUGAAGCCUCGGGGCUAAUCGCAGUUCCCGAAUACACGGACGAAAACCAACUCAUCGCCCAUCCAGCAACUCUGGACUGUGCUCUCCAAGCCGUAUUGCUUGCUCAUAGCUACCCUGGGGAUGGAGAGAUGCGCCAGAUUUUUCUUCCUACCAGAAUUGACAGAAUCUCCAUUGACGUAUCAAGUUUGCGGCAAGAGAGCUCCGAAGAGGGCGGCAAGAAUGUCCCGUUUCAUGCAUUCAUACAACCCUCAGAAGCCCUUCCGUCGGCUGAUAUAGUUGGUGAUGUGGAGAUUCACAGUGCAAACGGCGACCGCAUAACCGUCCAGCUACAAGGCCUGCAUGUCACGCCACUUGAGAAGCCCUCGGCCGCUAAUGAUGUGGCCGUGUUCUUUGAUAUGGCUUGGACUCCCGAGGUUCCCCAUGGGAGAACAGUGGACUGGGCCGAGGACGAGUACUCUGUCGAGCGGAGCUUGUGCCCGGACACUGAGAGGAUUGCUUGCUUCCAUCUACGUCAUCUCCAGGCCGCCAUUCCUAAGCACUCCAGGGGUUCGAUGGCGCGGCAUCACGUCUGCUUUCUGGACUGGGUCGACCACUGUCUGGAUAAAAUAGCGUCCGGGAGUCACCCACAUGUUCACGCCGAGUGGAUGACAGAUUCAGAGGAAACCAUAGAACGACUUGUCCAACGGCAAGGGGAAAUCAACAUUUUGGAGGCCAUGUUGCGUGACGAUAUGCUCGCUGAGUUUUAUGCCAGUUCCCUCGGCAUGAGGGUCUUUCUUCCGGAGAUGGGGCGCAUCGCAGGACAGAUCGGUGCCCGCGUAUCACGCUUAGAUAUUCUUGAAAUUGGCGCGGGAGUCGGGGCGGCCACAUCGUGGAUCUUGGACAGUGUCGUCGACAACGGACUGGGGACAUAUACCUACACCGACAUAUCCAGCGGGUUCUUCGACAAGGCGCAAGAGAAGUUUGCCAAAUACCAGGAAUACAUGACCUUCAAAGUUCUAGACAUUGAGAAGAAUCCCAUAGAUCAAGGGUUCAAGCACGGCUCCUUUGAUGUGGUCGUUGCUUCUCUAGUUCUGCACGCAACGAGAGACCUCGGACAAACAAUGCGCAACGCACGAAAGCUACUUCGGCCAGGAGGAUACUUGAUCAUGUUUGAGAUUACAGACAAUGAACCGAUACGGCUCGGCUUGCUCUUUGGCGGCCUUCCCGGUUGGUGGGCUGGUUAUGACGAUGGGCGGCGAAUGUCGCCGUGCGUUUCCAUCGAGGCUUGGGCGAGUCUGAUGACACAGACUGGCUUCUCGGCCAUCGACGCCAUUACGCCGCACAAUCUGGAGCUUCCGAUGCCCAUGUCGGUCCUGGUAUGCCAGGCACUCGACGACCGAGUGGAACUGAUCCGCCAGCCACUGAUGGCCAGGGUCGACCUCUUGCCAGACCUCGGGGCCAUCACCUUGAUAGGCGACGCGGGCAUCUGCACAUCUGUGCGGGACAAGAUCGGGCAGUAUUACAAGCAGGCACGGCACAUCGACGCGCUCGAAAGUCUUUCCGAUACCAACGGCGCUCUUCCGCUGGGAGGUACGGUGGUAAGCUUUGUGGACCUCGCCGAGUCCUCAUUCCUUCAAGCGCCGACAGAGGCUGCUCUGAAGGCCAUGCGUUCAAUUUACAAGCACAGCAAGGUCAUCGUUUGGCUAGCCUCGGGCGCGGAGGGCGAGAGGCCAGGAAACAACAUGUUCAAGGGCUUCCAGCGCACCAUCGCUCUGGAAAUGCCCUACGUCCAUGCCCAGGUUGUGGAUUUCCCAGAGCCAUCCAGCGUUGACGCAGAGAUGGUAGGCAAUAUCCUUCUCAGGUUCGAGACACUGGUCUCUUGGAAAGAGCACGGAGGCAAUGGCGACCUUCGAAUCCCCUUGGAGCCCGAUAUUUCGAUCCGUGAGGGACGGGUCAUGGUCCCAAGGUUGCGCCCAAACGUUGAUCGAAACUUGCGGUACAACUCAACACGCAGGCACCUCACUCACCAAGUUAGUAGCGAGAAAGGAUUCAUAUCACUAAAGCCGCUGGGCUCAUCACUCCGCUUGGCUAUAGACGGCAACUCUCGCGAUCACGGCAGAUUUUGGAACGGCGAUGAGAUAUCACUUACGCAUUCUCUACUUCUGCCUAUUCAGAUUACGGAGACUUGCAGGGCAUUCCUCUCGGUUGGUUUCACGACAUCCGGAAAACCCGUAUUCGUUCUCUCAGGUUCUCUUGCAUCUCGGAUCCAAGCACCCUCUACCUGGGUCCUGCCUGCGCCUGAAUUGCCAGAGUCGGCGCCGGCGGCACUGGUAAUUCUACAAGCGCACAUUCUGGGCCAUGCUAUUGUGUCGACUGCGGUCAAAGUUGCCAGAUCGCUUGUUCUGCUCAACCCUGACAAGGUGCUUGGCAGCAUCGUAGCAAAGCUUUCCUCCGACGCUGGCGUUGAGAUACUGUUGAUCAGCACUACUUCAGAGGCCUCUCCACCACCGUGGACGUACCUCCAUCGGCGUGCAACGAAACGGGCAGCUAUGAGUAUACUACCAAGAAUACCCUUCGUUUUCAUUGACAUGGGUGGUAAUGUCGACGACCCAGACGUCUCGCUUCUAGCUUACCUGCCGACGAGAUGCCAUCAGAUUCCACCAUCUAGAUUCAUUGGAAACACCGCUCGCUUCGCUCGUACUGCCGAGGAAAUCGGCCAAGUGUCAUAUCAGUUGCAGGCUGCAUGGAUGCGUUAUUCAGAAGAAUCGCGGAGCAUUGACAUGAGGGGAGUUCCCACUCUUGGACUUGAAGAGUUGGAUCUCAAAACCUCAAUAUUUAGACAAGGACGCCAAGGAGUAUUGUCCUGGGCAGUGGGAGAACGAAUCUCCGUGCCUGUCUGCCCAGCAGGGAGCCUGGUAUCGUUUUCAGACCAUAGGACCUACUGGCUGGUGGGACUAACUGGGGGCCUUGGCCUCUCCUUGUGUGAAUGGAUGGUCGACCGUGGCGCAAAGUACAUUGCCCUGUCGAGCCGGUCGCCUGAAAUCAGCCCGUCGUGGAUACGCUCCAUGGCUACGAGAAGUUGCACAGUCGGGGUGUUCCCAUGGCAAGUACCUACUUUGAAGUCCGUCCAGCUGGUUUUCUUGCUAACGUGGCCGCAGUGA